CUGGCAGUGAUGCCAAAUGUUAAAUUGUGACCUUGUAAUCUCCAUUCUGGUAUUACUGUUCCAAGAUGUAAAAAAUACAUCUGUCAAUAGCAGAAUAAUGUUAUAUGACUGUCAAUAGUUUAUCAUAAUUCCCGAAAAAAUUUACGAGAUAAUUCAAAAAUUAUCUAAAGUUAUUAGAAUCUUUAUAUUAAAAUUAAAAAUUUUUUAACCUUGAAGGUUAAGUCGACCAUCGUUGAUUAAUUUUGACAUUUCUUAUAUAGACGUUUCAUUGAAAAGAAAGUAUUGGUAAUUUAUCGUAAGAAAAUUUGUUUGCUUUUUUGAAACAUUGCUUCAAAAUUGCAAUUAUUAUUAUUAUUAUUGUUUAUUAUCUUCAAGAACAAUCCUCUUAAAACGUGGCAGUCUGUAUGAUCAACUGCAUAAAGAUAUGGAUACAACAAUUUGUAGUUAAAUAUUGAUCUGUAAUUAAAUAAAGAUUAUGGACAAUCUAUCGGAUUUAUUUCGAGGAGAAUUAGAUUCCGUUACUUCGAUGGACUCUCUCCAAUUAACCACCGAUGAAUUUCAUUUCCGACACCUAUCUACGCCCGAUGUCUCAAAUAUUGAACUGUCUAAACGAGUGGCUCUAUUGGAACUCGAGAACGAACGGCUGCGCAUCGAUUUGGAAAAUGUGCGAAUCGAUCUCCAUGCUCGAAUCGCUGCAAAUCAGGGUCUCAAGGGCAAGAUAGCCGAAUUAUUUGUCGAGAUGCAAACAAUAUUGCGGGACAAGCAGAAGCUACAGAACACGUUGACCGACACCAGUAGUCGUCUUUCCGCGGCGGAGGCUUCUGCGAAAUGGUACCAAUCGCAAGUUCAUAUUCUAAUGGCUGGCAAGAAGAGUUUGCAGGUGGAAAUAGACACGUAUCAGAUCAUAUUGAAGCAACGGCAGCAGGCAAUAGCGGAUUUAAAUGCCAGCUACAAGAAACUGAGCAUUGAAUACACUGAACUCGUACAGCAAUAUCAAAAGGAGAAGCAGGAGAUGCAAAGCGCAAUGAAGGAUCUGCAAUUGCGCAUCCAGUCUAUCGACACAAUACAGGAUACAUCAGAUGGAAAUUCGACAAAUAGUCCAAUAGACAUAUCUAUGGUAUUGGAAGCAACUGAAGAAGAGUUACGAAAUACCAGAAUUGAGCUGAAGACACUGGAGCAAUGCCUGCUGGACAACGAGAUGGUGAGGAUGUCCAUGGAGAAUACAUUGAGCAAGCAACGAGUCCUUAUUGCAUCUAUGGAAGAAAACAUACAGAAAUGCGAGAUGAAGAAGAACGAAACCGCCGAUCUAUUGCGAAAAACGCAGUUCGAAAUACAGAAGCUGAGGUCUGAAAACGAGACGUUGCAAACUUCCUUAUUGGCAUCCAAACAAGAACAGAGUCAGGUGAAGGAUGCAAUAUCUCAUUUAAGAAUACAGUUGACUAAAAUGAUAGCACAAUACAAAUUAUUGAGAUCCAAGAAUGCAGAAUCUGAAGAAAAGUUGAGUAAUAUGCAGGAUCUCGUGAAUGAGAAUAAACGUUUGAGGACCUUAUCACAUAAAACAAACAGUGCUCUGUUAAAAAAACUCAGAGAAGAGAAGACUAAGAUAAAAACUAUAGAGCAAAAAUUGCACUGCAAGCAAAUGAAUGAUCAACUUAACAAUAUGAGAAACAAAACUGAACAUUCUUUGCGUGAAUGUCUGAAACAAGUUCUAUCACGCAACAAGGAUUUACAGGAACAAUUGAAAUCUGUGACUAGAAUAACCGACGAAAGUAUCGAUGAAGGGUAUGGCGAUAGUAACAGUAUUAGCACCUCUUCACUUUCGCUGGACAUUCCAUCGUUGUCUUUCAUGAACUCGAUGUUAUUGAACAACGCUGUCGACGUUCUCACGCGAAGCAAAGAUUUUGCUUUGCCGAUGCAAGAAAAGUUGAGCGCACUUCAAUCGAAAAUGGAGAUAUUUCGAAAUCAAUGCCAUGCGUUAAGUCAACGAAAGAAUCUUCAUUCUAAUAUCGACAAUGUGAUUUCUCCGAGAGUUUCCACAUAGUUCAAAAUCUAUCUUUUGUUCACGGAUACGCGAACAAAAUGGUCUUAGAGAGAGAGAGGGAGAGAGGAAGAGAGAGAAAUAUAAAGCAACAGCAUAAGAAAAUGUACAUACAUGUAUCAACAAAGUUGUAAAGAACUAUGAAUUUAAGAUACAAAAUUUUGAUAGAACAUCAGAGUAGUGGGAAAACUUGUUAUAUAAAUAGUUAUACCUUAUUUGUAAGAUAAUCAGGAGAAGUUUCAUGCUAAACAUAUCUAGAAGACAUAUCUUUACAAUUCAUAAAAGUUUUGAUGUGUAAUAAAUAUUAAAGAAAGUUUAUAAUAAAAAGCACAAAGUUUAGUUUUUUUCAUAUAUCAAUUUCGUGUUCUGGAUAAUGGUAGAUGUAUUACAAAAAUAAGCAAAAGAUUUUUAAAUGAGAGUUUAAUUGCAUGUAUGUUAUACAUCUUUUCUUUUCUUUAGUUAAAGGAAUUAUGCAAUCUAAUGCAUCGCAUCGUACAGAAGUUGCAUAUACGCGGCAAGCUCUCGAAUAUUGCUUGCACACAGAUGUGAUAUAUACAUAUGUGUAUAUAUACAUAAAAAAAUUAAUGUAAUAAAAAACUAAAUAAAAAUCA